CAGUCCAAUGUCCCCCGUCUUCUCGGCCGUGCUCUCGGCGGCCGGCUAGAAAUUCUCUCGGUCUCGCCGCGAGGAAGGCACGGCCGAGCACGGCGAUUCUUGCUCGAGCCUUCCAGCAGGCACCUGGGGGUCAAAGGCCCCCAUCGCGGUGGUCUCUUCUGAGAGUUGAUCUGCAGAUUGAACUCCUCUGUGCUCAUGACGGUCGAUGUAAUGAACCAAUAUUGUGAAAAUUGCACUCAUGGUCAAGGAGGUGGUCGAUACAGUGAAGCAUAAUGAGGUUGUCACCAUCUGAUAUUUUUCAUAACUGUAUACUUAAUGGCACUUAAUGGUGACAAGGUGAUAGUAUCACCGGAGAGAUAUCAUUUUUAAGAUACCUUGGGACGACUGAAUAUUUUGUCAUGGCUUUGAGCCGUAAAUUGUAAUAAAAUUUUGAAGACCUGAGAAGACUUUUUACUGGUGAUUUCGCAUCUCUGUUUUGGAUUAGCAUAUUAAUUCAAGCAGGCUUGCUAACAGCAAUCCUAAUUAAGGAGGUGAUUAGCUACGGGUGAAGAAAAGGAGAAGUCAGGAUGGCGAUGCAGUAGGCAGCAUGGCCAAGAUCAUCGAGGUUGCACUCCAGAUCAAACAGGCGGUGAUCCGCAAAAAAAAGAUCAAACAGGCGGUAGAUACGGUUCGCCAGAAUGAGGAGGACUGCGUUCAGAGUGGCAAGUGUGUGACCAUACUUAGUGCUAUCGUGUCAAAUCUCGAGAACUAUGAUACGGUGAGGGACCCGGUAAUGAAGGCUCUCCAUGAAACCUUGAAUCAGGUCUACAAGCUCAUCAAGGACUGCCAGGAGGAAAAAAAAUGCCUUAUCAAUUUCUUCAAUGCCCGGAAGAUGUCCAAACAGUUGCGUCAGGUCAACGAUGAUAUCUUGGCUCAAGUGGUGAUUGAAAACUUUGGCAACAAUGUCCAGAACACCAUUAUGUUUACUAAACAUUUUCACCUGGCACUAAAGUAUCCAGAACAGGCAGGGCUAUUUCAGGAGGAUAAAGAAGAGGAUGGAGUAUCUAAUCUACAGCAUGAUGCUAGUUAUGCAAGUAUUUUACCUAUGCUCUUUUCAUCUGGCUCUGUUUAUUCUCUCUCGUGUGCAUUUACUCAUCACCACCACUCCCUUUGUCCCGAUAUACUAGCCCUGCCUACUCAGAUCUACCAGAUAUAGGCUACCAAACAAGUUCUCAGCUCAGCAUGCCUCAACAAAUAUAGACCACCAAACGACAUUCAAGCUCAGCAUACAUGUCUCAACUGAUACAUGCUACCAAACACAGUACAGUUGUAUACACACUCAGCAUGUUUCAGGAGAGAAUGGCCAUAAAAAGGUAGGACUGGCUACCAAACACAUCAAUAAUACAUGAGCUCUCAGCUCAUGCAUAAACUGGUAGAACGGCAUAAACAGGCCCAUGUUCAAGUGUGUGACGCAGCAGCUAGCGUGUGUUGUGUUAUUGUGCAUGUGUCCCAUUCACAUAUUCAAACCACACACACCCCUUGCUCAAAACAAUUAAGCAUCAGGUGGCGUGCUGACAGAUAAAACAAUUAAGCAUUCAAACAACAGAAGCAGCUGGAAGCUAACUGUGUUAGUUUCUGUUUAUAAAUAGCAGCUAUUAGCUACUGCAGACUGCAAACACACACAAGACCCAGUUGAGAGAAACAGAAAUAGAUCAAGAUCGAGGUCGAGAGAGAAAUAACUAAAGAUGGAGGGAAUGGUGAGGCACCGUACCAUGGAGGUAAAUGGUAUCUCGAUGCAUGUCGCGGAGACCGGCCCCGAGGUGGAUGCCAAGGGGACGGUGCUGUUCGUGCACGGUUUCCCGGAGCUGUGGUACUCGUGGCGCCACCAGAUGGAGCACCUGGCGGCACGCGGCUACCGCUGCGUCGCCCCCGACCUCCGUGGCUAUGGUGGCACCUCUGCACCGUCCGACAUCGCCUCCUACACCGCCUUCCACAUCGUUGGUGACCUCAUCGCGCUCCUCGAUGCCCUCGGCCUUGCAAAGCAGGUGUUCGUGUUGGGGCAUGACUGGGGCGCGCUGAUUGCAUGGUACCUGUGCGUGUUCCGUCCGGAGCGUGUGACGGCGCUCGUCAACACCAGCGUCACCUUCAUGCGCAGCAUCAUGAUCCGCACGGGCCCUGGCUUCGUGAAGCCCACUGACUACUUCAACAGCACCUAUGGGCCAAAGUUCUACAUGUGCCGUUUUCAGGUACCCGGGGUGGCAGAGAAACAGUUCGCGGCGGCCAAUGCCAAGCACCUUGUGCGGCAGGUUCUUUGCCACUGUUUCAGCCAUGGGGUGGCCUGCGAGGAGAACAUGGACGACGACCCGUCUUCCACGAAGCUCCCUUCCUGGCUCACCGAGGCCGACGUGGACUACUUCGGCGCCGCCUUCGAGAAGACCGGCUUCACCGGCGCCAUCAACUACUACCGCAACCUGGACAGGAACUGCGAGCUGGCGGCGCCCUGGUCGGACGCCAAGGUGCGGGUGCCGACCAAGUUCAUUGUGGGGACCGGGGACAUCGCCUACAACUUCCUGGGGAUCCAGGACUACCUGCACAAUGGCGGGUUCAAGGAGGACGUGCCGCUGCUGGAGGAGCUGGUGGUCAUCCCCGGAGCCGGCCACUUUGUGCAGCAGGAGAAGGCGCAGGAGGUCAGCGACCACAUCUAUGACUUCAUCACCAAGUUCUGAUCUAUCGAUCACCAACUCGAUAAUCCUUCGAUCACCAAGUUCUGAUCUAUCUAUCGAUGUAUUGUAUUGUUUCCAUCGCACUCUUAAUUACUUCACUUUACCUGUCGACAACCUUUUCAAGGGUGUGUGUGUAUGUUAAAGGUGUGUUCGUGCCCAUCGACGCGUGCCUUUGGUGCGUCAUUGUAUAUUCCAACCUGGAAAGACAAGAAUAAAUUACUGAUAAUGUGCUUGAUUAAUGA